GUUUCAUAAUAAAAAGUUCAGUUACAGUAUUGGCCUCAAAAAAGUGCUGGCUGCUCAGGAGGUCUGAGAAAUUCCUUGGGGAUGUCAUUGAUGCACUGCUGUGUCCACAGAUCCUGCCAAAGUCGAGGCUGACAGCAAAAUGACCACUGCAGAUCUAAUGGAGCCUGAUGGAGUCACUCUGUCUCAGUCUUGUGUCGGAUUAUUUCUAGAAACGGUGCACUAUUACCAGCACUUUGUGCCCAGUUACUCCACCAUAGCAAGACCUCUCUUUGACCUCUUGGCUGGCUAGAAGCAGAGACGCAAGGGAAGACCAUGCACAAAGUUGACAUCUGCUGACUGGACGCCUGAUCACCAUCAGGCUUUUGGGGAUUUCAGUAGUUUGGGCCCAACCCAGACUUCACACACCCAUUUGUAUUGUCCACUGACGCCUCCUUGGAUGGGUUAGGAGGGGUUCUUUCGCAGGUUCAGGGGGUUGAAUGUGUGGCCUGGCAUUAAACUGGUCUGUGUGUGACAAGUUUAGUCAUGGACCAUGUCUUCACUGUGUGGACAAAUAACCCCCUCACACACAUCAUGACAAAACCAUAGCUGGAUGCAUGCGAACAGCGUUGGGUAGUGAAGUUGGUGUCCUAUGUAUUCGAUAUCAAGCACAUCCCCGGCUCCAAGAACAUUGUUGCGGACACACUGAGCCGCCGGCCAUUUAUGAAGUCAGUUGCUGGAAAGAGGUUGCUUCGAUACCCUUACCUUACCUGUCCUUGUGGACACAAUCCCUGUCUCUUCUGACUCUGUCCAGGAAGCCUUCAGACAAUCAAACAACAAUCAAAAUGGCUGUGACAGUGGAGUUGGGGAAGUGUCUGAAUGUGUCAAGAACCGGUCCUUCUCCAAAGAGGAAGUCCCUGCCAUCCUUGAGACGCACAACCUGUGGGAGUCUAGUGCUAGGACGUGAGCUGUUGAUGUUCUCCAACAGCUUCUACAGCUUUGGGACAAGUACUUCUGCAUUUAUGGAUUUCCUGAGAGGAUCCACUCAGAUCAGGGUGCCUCAUUUGAAAGUCAACUGAUACGUGAAUUGUUGAAGGUUGCUGGUGUGAGGAAGUCCUGGACAACACUGUACCAAUGGGCAAUGGUUGCAUGGAACGCUUCAACAGAACAGUGGGUAACAUGAUUCGAGUCCUCUCGCCUGAUGUAAAGCAUAAUUGGGCCCAACACUUCCAGACCCUAACUUUCAUGUAUGACCGUACUGUACGUGAAACUACGUGCUACCCCCCCUUUCUGUAUGUAUGGUAGAGUUCCAUGUGUUCCAGAUGUGUCAUGGUGGGCCACAGAGCCCCCCCGAUCUUUAUAUGUUUCAGUAUACCUGUUUCUCCUCGUGUGUUCUGGCUGUCCCCUGUCUGUGUGGAUGUGUGUCUGUGUUCAGGCUGGCUCCCCGAUCUCCCGGCUGCAGUUGAUUACCGGCACACCUGUUCUGCAUCAUCAUCAAUUGCAGCAGUUUAUCUACUGGGCUCAUCCAUGCUUCCGGCACCAGAUCGUCCCUCCGUACAUCCACUCUCGCUCUGCCGGUGACCAUUGCCUCAGUCUGCUCUUCCGAUCAUCUGGACCUCAACUACCACGCCACUCUCGCCAUCCAGUUGGUCCCUGCCUCCGGACACUGCCGGUCAAACACACCACACGCCCGGCUCCAAUGAUCUUCCGCCUGGUCGGUUCUGCCUCCCCACUACGCUCGCCAGCACGGAGACAGCUCGCCUCGUCUCCGUCCAGAGUGCCGUCAGUCACAUCUCCGACUCUGCCCAGUCGGAUCCGCGGGGAGGCCACGGGUGACGCUGGAUUCAGCAUUUAUCAUUGUCUAUAAUUAUCUGCACACUAAAGACCGUCACGUUCAUCCAGCUUUCUCCUGUGAGUUCCUGCAUUUGGGUUCUAGAAAAUUGCCAACCCACGACAGAACGAUCUGGCCAACAUGGACCCAGCAGAACUCAGAGCAGAUGAACUACGGGAAUUAGUGUUGGACUUGUCUAGCCUGUUGGAGAUUUGGGGAACAGCCAGCAGCGAGCAUGCCAGGCUGACUGUCAAAGCUGCCGCGCGUUAUGCUGUCUCCCGCACGCCCUGGUUGUGGGAUGCUCUUCCUGAGUGGGCCCAGGGCUUUGUGUCUGCCCCCGGUUCCCGGCUUGACUCCCGACCCGCCAGUCGUCAGCCUUCCCCGCUGUCUAGCUGCUCGUCUUCCCCACCCUGUCCUCGCCUCCGCUGCUGGAUCGCAGCCGCACCCUGUCCUCGCCUCCGCCGCUGGAUCGCAGCCGCACCCUGU